AUGGGCCUGCUCGCGGUCGUUCUCGACAGCCUCUGUGAGCGCUGCUCGAACACGUCAAUUCUAGUACUCCUGGGGAUCGGACUGUCAUCCCUGCUGGCUGUCUCCGUCAUUCUCAAUGUCCUAAGACAGUUGUUAUUCAAGAACCCCAAUGAGCCCCCUCUGGUGUUUCACUGGUUUCCAUUCAUAGGUAGCACAAUUAGCUAUGGCAUGGAUCCUUAUAAAUUCUUCUUCGACUGUCGCGCAAAGUACGGCGAUAUCUUCACCUUCAUUCUCCUCGGCAAAAAGACAACAGUUUAUCUGGGAACCAGGGGCAACGAUUUCAUCCUAAACGGAAAGCUACGUGAUGUCUGUGCUGAAGAGGUCUACUCUCCACUUACAACCCCUGUCUUUGGGCGUAACGUGGUGUAUGAUUGUCCUAAUGCCAAACUUAUGGAGCAGAAGAAGUUUGUCAAAUUCGGUCUCACAUCAGAUGCCCUGCGUUCGUACGUUCGUUUGAUCACCAACGAGGUAGAUGACUUUGUCGAGCAUUCUGCGGCUUUCCAGGGAUCAAGUGGCGUUUUUGACGUCUGCAAAACCAUCGCAGAGAUUACCAUCUACACUGCGUCACGUUCUCUUCAAGGAAAGGAAGUCCGGAGUCGGUUUGAUUCUACUUUCGCCGAAUUAUACCAUGAUCUUGACAUGGGGUUUGCUCCUAUCAACUUCAUGCUCCCUUGGGCACCCCUUCCUCACAACCGGAAACGUGAUGCUGCACAGAAAAAGAUGACCGAAACUUAUAUGGAGAUUGUCAAAGAACGCCGUACGGGUGGAAACAAGAAGGAUUCUGAGGAUAUGGUCUGGAACCUCAUGUCCUGCGUAUACAAAGAUGGCACUCCUGUUCCAGACGAGGAAAUCGCACACAUGAUGAUUGCCUUGCUUAUGGCUGGCCAGCAUUCUUCUUCAUCGACAGCUUCAUGGAUAGUCUUGCACCUUGCAAGAAAUCCAGAAAUCAUGGAAGAGUUAUAUGCCGAACAGAUCCGUGUGCUUGGGUCAGAUCUUCCGCCUCUUACUUAUGAAAAUUUGCAGAAGCUUGACUUGCACGCUAAGGUCAUCAAAGAGACACUACGAAUUCACGCGCCGAUCCAUUCAAUCAUCCGCGCAGUCAAAAACCCAAUGCCUGUGGAUGGCACGCCAUAUGUCAUCCCAACCAGUCACAAUGUCCUUUCAUCCCCCGGUGUUACCGCAAGAUCAGAGGAAUAUUUCCCUAAUCCUCUCAAAUGGGAUCCUCACCGCUGGGAUGAGACUAUUGCAGCCAAUGCGGAAGAAGAAGAUCAAAUUGAUUAUGGAUAUGGUCUUGUCAGCAAAGGCACUAAUAGCCCCUACCUUCCAUUCGGUGCAGGGCGUCACAGAUGCAUUGGUGAACAGUUCGCCUACGUGCAACUUGGUGCAAUUACCGCGGCUUUGGUGAGGUUAUUCAAGUUCCGCAACCUGCCAAACGUCAAGGAUAUCCCGGAAACAGACUACUCGUCUCUCUUCUCCAAGCCAGCUGGCAAGUCUAUCAUUCAAUUUGAGAAGCGCGCUACCACCGUUAAAUCAUAA